AUGGGCAGCCCGUGCGCCCUUGGCGCCCCCCCGCUGCUGCUGCUGCUCCUGCUGUGCGCCCUGGGCGCGCCGCCCCCGAGCCUGGCGUCUUUUGACCUGGUCGUCCUGCACACCAACGAUGUCCACGCCCGGGUGGAGGAGACCAGCCGGGACUCGGGCAAGUGCUUCACCGGCUGCGUCGCCGGGGCGGCGCGGAGGAUGACCCAAAUCCGAGAGGUGCGAGCGAAGGAGCCCAACGUCCUGCUGCUGGACGCGGGGGACCAGUUUCAGGGCACCAUCUGGUUCAACUAUCACAAGGGAGCCGAAGCCGCCCACUUUAUGAACCGACUGGGCUACCAGGCCAUGGCUCUGGGAAACCAUGAAUUCGACAAUGGUGUUGAUGGAUUAAUUAAACCCUUUCUUCAAUCUGUUAACUUUCCGGUGCUGAGUGCUAAUAUAAAACCAGAUGCUUAUCUAGCACCAAAUAUCACUGGCUAUUAUAAGCCCUAUCAUAUAUUUACAGUCGGAUCUGAAAAGGUUGGUGUGGUUGGGUACACCAGCAAGGAGACACCAUUGCUUACAAGCUCAGGCCCACACCUCAUCUUUGAAGAUGAGGUUGAAGCACUGCAGAGGGAAGUUGACAAACUUAAAACGUUAAAGAUAAAAUACAUAAUUGCCUUGGGUCAUUCUGGCUUUGAAACAGAUAAGAGGAUUGCAAAGGAAGUGAAGGGAGUCGAUAUUGUUGUUGGAGGACACACCAACACGUUCCUUUACACAGGUACGCCUCCUUCCAAUGAUGUUCCUGCUGGGAAAUAUCCUUACAUGAUAAAGUCGAAUGAUGGCCAAAAUGUUCCUGUUGUACAGGCCUAUGCAUAUGGAAAGUAUCUUGGUUACUUAAAAGUGACCUUCGACAACGCAGGAAAGGUUACUAAAGCAGAAGGGAACCCAAUUCUCCUGGACAGUAACAUUAUUCAAGACCCUGCUAUUCUUCGUGAAGUAAAUGAAUGGAAAAAACCACUUGCUCAUUAUUCAAAAGAAAUAAUUGGGCAAACAUUGGUAUAUCUGAAUGGCACUAAUGUGGAAUGCAGAUAUCGGGAAUGCAAUAUGGGAAAUUUAAUCUGUGAUGCUGCAGUUUAUGAAUAUAUUCGAAAUCCAGAUGAAAUGUACUGGAACCAAGUCACCAGUUGUAUUGUACAAGGUGGUGGUAUUCGUUCGGCCAUCGAUGAACGCGCUAACAAGGGAAUGAUAACCUUGGAAGAUCUUUCCAAUGUUUUACCAUUUGGAGGUACUUUUGAUAUGAUAGCGAUCAAAGGAUCGGUAUUAAAAGCAGCGUUUGAACAUUCUGUUAGAAGAUAUGGUGGGAAUACAGGAGAAUUCUUGCAAGUGUCUGGUAUUCAUGUGAGUUUUGACCUCAGCAGAAAUCCUGGUGAAAGAGUGGUUUUGUUGGAAAUUCUAUGCGCAGAUUGUCGGGUACCACACUAUGAGCCAGUUGAAAACCAGAAAAUCUACAAAAUAGUUGUUAACUCAUUCAUGGCUGGAGGAGGAGAUAGUUUCAGCAUGCUGAAAAAUGAAAACCUCAAGCAUGACAUUGGUUCCAUGGAUGUUAAAGUAGUUUCAAACUAUAUCAAACAAAGGGGCCGAAUUUAUCCCGCUGUUGAAAAAAGAAUAUCAUUUACUGGAAGUGGGACAAGAAUAAGCAUUAAUCAUAUUAACUUUUUAUUAAUGUGUGUAUUGAUUUUUGCUCUAUAUUUCCAUAUUUGACCAAUAUGAAAAAUAUUAUUAAUGGGAUAAUUCAUAUACCUAGGAGAAAAUAAUUUUUAAAAUAUGAAGUAAAUAAUGUUCUAACCCAGCCAGUGACCUCCACCACAUUGCUUGUGAGUCAGGUUGAAGAUGAAUUUCAAAAUGCUUUCAGUUUAGUAAGUAAUGAAAAGAACAUGAUUAACCAGUUUGCAGAUACGCUACAACACCCAGACCAUUUUCACUCAACCAAUUCAAAUUUGCCUGGAAUAAAAAAAAAAUCUCCCUUUGCAAUAAAUACACAUAAUGUAUAAUAUAAUAAUAACACAAUAAUCUUUUCUAACAUUUUUAGCAUCUUUUUGUGGAAAACUCAUACUUUUUAGACAAACUAUUAUGGUAUAUUCAAUGCUGAAUUUAACUGAAUAUCAGGAAGGAUCAGGAUACUAGAUUCAUUUAAAAAAUAGCUUGAUGCUGUGAUGGGGAGAUGGUAAGAAAGAGGAGAUCAAUUGUGUCUAAGGGCUUCCUUCAACUUAACCUCUCUUGUGAUCUUGUGAUUUAUUUCGUAAAAGGUAUUAUAUAAAUAUAAUUUAUUGUUAUUGUUAUUAUCUUCUGAACUGGAUUACACUCCUCGCUCACCUCAUUGAUCUUGUACUAUUGAAAGGGGAAUGAACAAUCUAAAAGUUCUCCACAUUUGCAAGUGUGUGCAUAAAAUUUUAUUUUUUCAAUCUUAUUAAAAAGUUAGUUAUGCAACUGGCUAUUCAAUAACAUUAGAAAAACAAUUUCCUUGAAAAUUCUUGGGCCAACUAUUGUACCACCCAAGAAUUUUCAAGAGGACAUUGGAAUGUGGAGCUGGUAUUAAUUCUUAUCAUAUAUUUACACUGCAUUUAUAUAUAUAUUGAUUGGAGAUUGGAGAAUCAAGGGCAAUACAGUAGUUCUGAAACCAUCUCUUCAAGAUAGUCAUAGGGACAUAGGAAAUUAUGGACUGUAGGAGGCCAUUCAUCCCAUUGAGUCUGUUAUUGGAUCUUGACAAUUUUACUCUCACCAGCACAAUGAAAAUCAUGAAUCAGACUAUUUAUAAUUCUUGGAAUAACAGAUGACUUUGUGAUGUUCAAAAUCACUACAUCGGCCGUACAAAUUAAAUGUUUCUUGCGAACUGUAGGAAACAAAUACUGAAUCAAGAAGACACAAGUUUGAGGUUGCAAAAGGCAAUUUCAGGACAGAUACUAAGAGGCAAUUCUUUACCCAGAGAGUAAUUAUCCACUGGAAAAAAUGUGGAUAGUAUGGAGGAUGAUUGAGGUCAAGACGCUAUAUAAAAAAAAGCUUAAUGUUAUAACUGGAAGAAACUAGUGUGAAAGGAUGAGAUCAAAUGGACAGAAAAGUUUUUUUCAUAUGAAACGAUCUUCUGAUCAGUUCUUCCAAAUAAAAUGUUUCACUUAUAUGAAGUCAAAUUAAAUUGUGUCUGAUGAGUUGUUCUUGAUCAGUUGAUUUGAAUGAAUAUCACAGUCGUAAUUGUGGAGAAAUGGUGGGGCCUGUAAACCUAAUGUAUCUUUGUAAUGAAGGCCGAAUUUGCAAUUAUGUGAUUAAGCUACAAAUGUAUAAAUAUUUACCUUGCUGACUUAUGCUACUGGUUUGACCAACAAAGUGCCUUGAAAUAAAUACAGCGUGCAGAAUGUAUUAUUCUUUAAUGAACUUAAAAUGGAGCAGAUUAUUAUGAGGGAAUAAUUAAAAAUGUAUUUCAUUAA